AUGGCAUUAAACAACUCUCAUUUGGAUGCCCUGACCCCGUUCUGGCCCGGCAUGAAUCUUACUUCGCAACAUGACGGAAAAUGCUAUGGAAAUGUUACUCUGUGCGAGAAUUCCGACGUUCUUUGUACUCUGUCGCUCUGCGACCUCACCCUCGCACACUUUACCUAUCUUCCGAGCCUCGGCGGCAACGCUUUCUUCGCCACUCUCUUUGGGCUCUGUAUCAUUGCACAGGUCGGUCUUGGUGCCAAGUAUAAAACAUGGGGCUAUUUGAUCGCGGCUUGUUUUGGUUUGGUCGGUGAGGUUAUUGGAUAUGUCGGCCGCAUCAUGAUGCACUCGAACCCGUUCAGCAAGAACAAUUUCUUAAUUUAUCUCGUGUGCCUGACUAUCGCGCCAGCGUUUCUAUCAGCUGGUAUCUACCUUUGUCUCGCACGUAUCGUUGUGGUCUACGGAGAACAUAUCAGUCGCUUCCCGCCUCGGGUUUACACUAUAUUGUUUUGCACCUGUGACUUCAUAUCACUCCUCCUCCAGGCCAUCGGCGGUGCUAUUGCAUCUACUGCGAAUGAUGCUAAUACGACUCAGAUGGGAAUUAACAUUAUGAUUGCCGGCCUCGCCUUCCAGGUCUUUUCCCUCGCACUGUUUGGGCUGCUUUGCGGUGACUUUGCUCUUCGCGUCCGGCAAAACCGCUCCGGCUGGAAUAUGCACAACGGGAUGCUUUUCAGAAGCAUCAUUUUCAAGACCUUUUUAUGGGGUCUUGGUGCCACUACGCUUACGAUAUUCAUCCGAUCCUGCUUCCGUGUGGCUGAGCUUUCAGGGGGUUUCCACGGACCAUUGGCGAAUAACCAACCCACGUUUAUGGCUCUUGAGGGAGCGAUGGUUGGGACUGCGUGUCUGUGCUCAACCAUUCUGCAUCCUGGUAUCGGCUUCAGAGGCACAUGGCAUGAUGCCGACUUCAAUUUUUUCCGACAGAAGAAAGUCAACAAUGAGGUUGACAAUAAAUCUGUGAGGUCAAGCCCAUCCACACAGACUACGGAGGCCAUAUAG